AAGACAGCAGUCGCCCAUAACCUCAAAAAAGUGAAGGUAAACAAAGUAAUUUUCACUGUGGAUUUUUACCUAUAUCACGCUAAUUUCCUGGCCAAAAGGACAUGCCGAAGAUUCGAAGGAGUCGCAAACAACCGCCUGAUGGAUGGGAGUUGAUUGAGCCGACAUUGGAGGAGUUGGAGCAGAAGAUGAGGGAAGCGGAAACUGAACCUCACGAAGGCAAACGUAUCAAUGAGAGUCUCUGGCCGAUAUUUAAGAUACAUCAUCAGAAAUCCCGCUACAUCUAUGAUCUGUUCUACCGCCGAAAGGCCAUCAGCCGGGAAUUGUAUGAGUAUUGUCUGAAGGAGAAGAUUGCCGAUGGGAAUCUCAUUGCCAAGUGGAAAAAGUCCGGGUAUGAGAAUCUCUGCUGCCUGCGAUGUAUUCAAACGAGGGACACCAAUUUUGGCACCAAUUGCAUCUGUCGCGUCCCAAAGUCAAAGCUGGAAGAGGGCAGAGUGGUGGAGUGUGUUCACUGUGGCUGCCGCGGAUGUUCCGGAUAACGCUGGUAUUGUGGAUGUCAAAGGGUGACAAUAAAGGCACAUGGAUGAGGAUAUAGUGUUUAUUUUCAAAAAAAAAUCAUCAAGGAAGACAUUCCCAUAAAAUUUGGAUACUAUAUUUUGGGCAUAAAUUUCAACUCUCAUCGAAUCAGACGAAGCACUGUAGAAUCUUUUAUUUAUUUUUUUGAGGUAAGUAAAAGUUUCGGUUAUAUUUUUUUUUGUAAAAAAAUGAAUUUCAUAAGAACGUUAGUAAAUUUUCAAUUAUAAUACUA